CCUUUUUUCCUUUUUUCCUUUGUGGGAAAACCCUUAACCUCUGCAGAUAAAUAACCCACCAUGGCGAGAAGAAAGCCACGUUUCCUAUAGGGUUAGGGUUUCAAGAUUUGGGUCAGAUCGGCCGACUCAUACGAAAAACCCUAGAUGCCAAGACUGCACUGAUUCCAGUGCCGAUCUAGGCCGAUUCCGAUCCAAGUCCGAUUCUGUGUUUUGAGUUCUUGUUCAGAGGUCUUAUUAUUUGCCUUUAGAAGUAAUGCUAGUCUAGGUUGACCAAUUUUGUUCUUCACCACAAACGACAAGUGGGCGUGAUCUUGCGCUGUUGCCAUUGACCUGGUUAUAUUCUUCGACCUCGUGGUUAUUAUAAUAUUUGAGAUCUGCAGAGCUGUUCUGAUUUGUUGUGUGAUGCAGUUCAAGCCCAUUAGCCUAACUGUGUAAUCUGUUCUUGGGUCAGUCCCUUGAUUUCUUUUCUUUCUUUAUCAUAUUUUUCAGAUUUAAGUUUCGUCAUAUUUGAAUUCUUGAGUACUCGACCCAGAACCCAUUUCGAUUAUUAUUUUAGGAUUCUAGUUUCAGGUAUUAUUUGUUUGAUUCACCGCUUUGGGAUGUGAACUGUACGAACAUGGUUCUUGUUCCUUUUAUUGUUCUCUAUUUGAAGAGAGAGAUUUGCAUUUCUUCGAGUAGAAAGCCAGAGAAAAGUCUGAACUUGUAGAAGAUUUCCAUUGGAUCGAUCUGAUGUUGUCUGUGGAGAUCUGUGCCAUAGGACAGAUUACCAACUGAUUGAUCGCUCUGUUUCAAAGAAAUCUCCGGGGAAAAUGUCCUGAAGUACAGAAAAUUCCCUGGAAAUCAAAUAUAUUGGUGAAAGAAAUGGCUUCCAAUGCCACUGUAUGUCCAGCUCCCAUGGUGGCUACUUCUAAUGGAGUCUUCCAAGGAAAUAAUCCUCUAGACUAUGCACUACCUCUCGCUAUUCUACAGAUUUGCCUCGUCCUCACAGUCACAAGGAUUCUUGCUUAUUUCCUCAGACCACUCAGGCAACCUCGUGUCAUUGCUGAGAUCAUUGGAGGAGUUUUUCUUGGGCCAUCAGCAUUGGGUCGUAACAAGAGCUAUUUGCAUUCAGUUUUCCCCUCAAGGAGCCUCACAGUCUUAGAUACUCUGGCCAACCUUGGACUUCUCUUCUUUCUCUUCCUAGUAGGUGUAGAAUUAGAUCCAAAGUCUCUCCGUAGGACCGGAAAGAAGGCUCUUGCCAUCGCCGUCGUUGGAAUUAGCUUCCCCUUUGCAUUAGGGAUAGGUUCAUCCUUUGUCCUCAAACAAAGUAUCUCCAAGGGCGUUGAUGGACCUCCCUUCCUUGUCUUCAUGGGUGUAGCCCUUUCUAUAACUGCCUUCCCUGUCUUGGCCCGCAUCCUUGCCGAACUUAAGCUCCUCACAACUGACGUGGGUCGGUUGGCCAUGUCCGCUGCUGCGGUUAAUGAUGUGGUUGCUUGGAUCUUGUUAGCCCUUGCUAUUGCUCUUUCCACCACUGGUCAUUCCCCUCUAGUCCCGGUGUGGGUUCUUCUCUCUGGCUGUUUUUUUGUUACCCUUGCCAGUCUUGUGCUUCCUCCAGUCUUUAAAUGGAUGGCCAGGCGUUGCCCAGAAGGUGAACCUGUGGAUGAGUUAUACAUAUGUGCAACCUUAGCUCUUGUAUUGGCAGCUGGGUUCGUCACUGAUGCUAUAGGGAUCCAUGCCCUCUUUGGGGCUUUUGUGGUUGGGAUUCUAGUUCCUAAGGAGGGACCCUUUGCAAGUGCUCUUGUGGAGAAAGUAGAAGAUCUUGUGUCUGGUCUCUUGCUUCCUCUGUAUUUUGUCUCAAGUGGAUUGAAAACAAAUGUGGCCACGAUUCGAGGGGCCCAAUCCUGGGGUCUUCUAGUCUUGGUCAUUGUCACUGCUUGUUUUGGGAAGAUUGUUGGCACAAUUGUAGUCUCCCUCCUCUGUAAGAUACCUUGCCGGGAGGCUCUUGCGCUAGGCUUCCUGAUGAACAGUAAAGGGUUGGUGGAGCUCAUCGUCCUCAAUAUCGGUAGGGACAGAAAGGUGUUAAACGAGCAGACCUUUUCAAUCAUGGUUUUGAUGGCUCUCUUCACAACCUUUAUCACCACACCUCUUGUUGUUGCUGUGUAUAAACCUGCGAGAAGGGCCAACAUGGGCGAUUAUAAGCACAGAACAAUAGACAGGAGGGACCCAAGAACUGAGUUUCGGGUUUUGGCUUGUUUUCAUAGUAGUAUUAACAUACCAACUUUGAUAAAUCUCAUUGAAGUCUCCCGUGGGACUGAUCGGGAGCAAGGUUUAUGUGUCUAUUCUAUGCAUCUCAUGGAGCUUUCAGAGAGACCCUCUGCAAUUCUCAUGGUGAACAAGGCGAGGAAGAAUGGAUUACCCUUCUGGAAUAAGGGGCGCCGACAGAUUGAUUCAGAUCAUGUUGUGGUCGCCUUUGAGUCAUUUCAACAACUAAGUGGUGUCUCUAUGAGACCCAUGACAGCGAUCUCUUCAAUGGCUACUAUCCAUGAAGACAUCUGCACUAGUGCUGAAGACAAAAGGGUAGCUAUGAUCAUACUUCCUUUCCACAAGCACCAAAGAGUGGAUGGCUCGAUGGAAACGACACGAAAUGAUUUCAGGUGGGUCAAUCAAAGAGUUCUUGAACAUGCGAGAUGCUCGGUGGGGAUACUCGUUGAUCGUGGCUUUGGUGGAACAACCCAUGUCUCUUCUAGAGAAGUUUCUUCAUCCAUUAUUGUGUUAUUCUUCGGAGGGUGUGAUGACCGUGAGGCACUUGCAUAUGGAGCUCGCAUGGCUGAACACCCAGGUAUCAAUCUUACAGUUUAUCGCUUCUUGAUGGAACCUGAGCCAUCUCAAGAAAUCGAUAGGAUUGAGAACUUGGGCACUGGGAAUAGAUCAAUUGAUGAUGAGUACUUGGCUGAAUUCCAACAAAAGACCCAAACGGAAAGCUCAAUGAAGUAUGAAGUGAGAAUGGUUAGAAAUACAGCAGAAACCAUAGCCAUGAUUAGGGAGUUGAGUCGUUCUGAUCUGUUUCUGGGGGGGAGAAAGCCUGAGGGAGAGGUUGCAGAGACUUUGGAUGUUAAGAGUGACUUUUCUGAAUUAGGACCAGUUGGAAGUCUCUUGGCAUCAUCGGAUUUCUCAACUACAGCAUCAGUAUUGAUUAUACAACAGUAUAAUAAAAGCUUGGCAUCAUCAGAUUCACCAGUAAUCUCCAUUUAGGAAGGAACAUUUGCUAGUUAUAUCCAAUCAACCUAAUUAUCGACUAUGAUGUUCUUGGAUUGGUGAGUAGUGAGAACUAGCAGGCUUGAUUGUAUAUAAAGCUUUUUCUUUCCCAUUGACAUGUAAUGGAAAAAUUUAUUAAUAAAUCCUAUUUGGUUAGCGGGGAAGUUUGGGUGGGAAAGUUGGGAGAUUAAGCAAGUGCUGUUAUGAAGUUUUGUGACAAGAUUCUAAGGGAAAAUAUUCUUGUAAUCAAGAUUGAUGAAAAAUAAAAAAUGAAAGUCGCAACCUGCUUUUUUGCACA